ACUUCGCAACAUCACUAACUCAUACUUCCGGUUCUGCGUAGAAAGUUGCACAGACUAGUUGGGAUACAACUUUCACUGUCUGCUAACGGAGCUGUUAUAUUUGAUUGGAAUAAGCUCAGUUGUAAAGAUUUCUCUGGUCGCAUAGUGGAAUUGGCUAUUAAUCAUGUCGACGAACAACCUGUCUUACAAUGAUCAGGGAGGACCGGAUUCCGCUGUAGAAGUCGGACAGGAGACAACUCCGACCUCAUCGACCACUGGAGCAGCCUUCGGCCUGUUUAGUACUGAUUUCAAGAAGAAUGAUGACCUGAAAGAGAUGCUGGAAAGUAAUAAAGAAUCAAUGAAGCUAGAGGCAAUGAAAAGGAUUGUUGGGUUGAUUGCCAAGGGGAAGAAUGCUUCUGAAUUAUUCCCAGCUGUGGUGAAGAAUGUGGCAAGUAAAAAUUUAGAGCUCAAGAAGUUGGUGUAUGUAUAUCUGGUCAGAUAUGCAGAGGAGCAGCAAGAUCUUGCCCUUCUAUCAAUCAGUACCUUUCAGCGUGCUUUAAAGGACUCCAACCAACUAAUCAGAGCAAGUGCUUUGAGGGUGCUCUCCAGUGUCCGUGUGCCCAUCAUUGUGCCAAUUAUGAUGCUUGCUAUAAAGGAGGCAGCCACUGACCUCUCUCCUUAUGUCAGGAAGACCGCUGCCCAUGCCAUCCAGAAGCUUUACAGUUUGGACCCUGACCAGAAGGAGCACCUGAUUGAUGUAAUUGAGAAACUUCUGAGAGACAAAAGCACAUUGGUGGCAGGCAGUGUGGUGAUGGCAUUUGAAGAAGUGUGUCCAGACCGCAUUGACCUGAUUCACAAGAACUUCCGCAAGUUGUGCAACCUGCUGGUGGAUGUGGAGGAAUGGGGCCAGGUGGUCAUAAUCAACAUGCUGACACGUUAUGCGCGCACACAGUUCACUAGCCCAUGGAAAGGGGAUGCAAUAUUCGAGGGGAGCAUGGCACAUGCAUUUUAUGACUCUGAUGAAGAGAGGAAAGCGCACUCCAAUUCUGAACCUUACAUCAUGGACCCAGACCACCGGCUACUCCUGAGGAGCACCAAACCACUCUUGCAAAGCAGGAACACAGCGGUGGUGAUGUCUGUUGCCCAGCUCUAUUGGCAUCUGGCCCCUAAACAUGAAGUGAGCAUUGUUACCAAGUCACUGGUGCGAUUGCUGAGGAGCCACCGGGAAGUUCAGUAUAUUGUGUUGCAGAACAUUGCCACUAUGUCAAUCCAGAAGAAGAGCAUGUUUGAACCCUACAUGAAGAGUUUCUAUGUCCGCUCUACAGAUGCCACACAUAUAAAGAUACUGAAGCUGGAGAUUUUAACCAACCUGGCCAAUGAAGCAAACAUUUCAACAAUCCUCAGGGAAUUCCAGACAUAUGUGAAGAGUCAAGAUAAAGUAUUUGCUGCAGCUACUGUUCAGGCUAUUGGUCGCUGUGCCACCAACAUCACGGAGGUGACGGAUACCUGUCUAAAUGGCUUGGUGCUACUCUUGUCCAAUAGAGAUGAAACGGUGGUGGCAGAGAGUGUGGUGGUGAUUAAGAAGCUUUUGCAGACACAGCCCACACAACACAGUGAUAUCAUCAAACACAUGGCCAAACUCUUUGACAACAUCACGGUUCCCAUGGCACGUGCCAGCAUACUUUGGCUCAUUGGUGAGUACUGUGAACAUGUGCCAAAGAUUGCCCCGGAUGUCUUGAGAAAAAUGGCGAAGAGCUUCACCACAGAGGAAGACAUUGUAAAAUUGCAGAUUGUCAACCUGGCGGCCAAACUCUACCUUACAAACUCUAAGCAGACCAAGCUGCUGACACAGUACAUCCUGAAUUUGGGAAAGUAUGAUCAGAACUAUGAUAUCAGGGACCGCACACGCUUCAUUCGUCAACUCAUCGUCCCUAAUGAGAAGAGUGGGGCAUUGGCCAAAUAUGCCCGUCGUAUCUUGCUGGCACCCAAACCAGCUCCUGUGUUGGAGUCUGCCUUCAAAGAUCGAGAUCGCUUCCAGCUGGGCACCUUGUCCCACACCCUAAAUGCUAAAGCUGUGGGCUACCUGGAACUCUCUGAUUGGCAAACAGUAGCCCCUGAUCAGUCAGUGAGGAAUGUAGAAGUGGUUGAGCAGAGCAAAGAAUGGGUACCAUCAUCAGCGAAGGAAAGUGUUAAAUCAGGUGACAAAUUCUACUCAGACGAGGAAGGAGAUGAGGGCUCACCAUGCAACAGUACUGAGGACGGCAAGAGCACAAGCAGCAGUGAAGCUUCUACCAGUGAAACUGAGAGUGAGGAGGAGUCCUCCAGCCAGAGUGGUAGCGGUAGUGAAGAAUCGGAAGAGAGUUCCAGUCAUUCACACUCAGAUUCCAGUAAGAAGAAGAAAUUUCAGCAGAAAAAAACAAAAAACAAAGGAAGUGACUCAGAUGAAGAAAAUGAUUGUGCCAAGGUUGGUGUUUCCUCCCCAACACACUCCUCAGAAGACAGUUCUUCAAGCUCCAGUGAUGACAGCACAUCUCACUCUGAGUCUGAUUCUGGAGGGCACCAGGAAAAGUGGAGCAAGGCCAAACCCAAGGUGGUGCAAAAAACAAAAAAUGAGAUCACGCUGUUGGAUCUGGAUGACUUCUCCCCUGAUCCACGGAUAUCCACAAAGUCCUGUGUGCUCUCUCCAAGCUUGCUGUCAGAUUUGGAUGGGCUCUCUCUGUCCAGUUCCCCUUCUAUUGUACAGGUGAGCUCCCAGGCCUUUGUUCCUAUGAAGUCCCAUGAACUCCUCCAUCGAAUGACUGGGAAAGGUUUGGCUGCCCAAUACCAUUUUUCCCGGCAGCCUUCCAUCUAUGGAAAUGGCAUGGUGGCAGUACAGCUUAAUUUCACCAACACUAGUGAGCGAACACUGGAGCAUAUUCACAUUGGAGAGAAAAGUGGACAGAAUAUUCAUGGCUUCAACAAUAUUGAAAACCUGGAGCCAAAUGCUUCAGUCGCAGUUUCCAUUGGCAUUGAUUUCAAGGAUUCCACACAGGCAGCUAACUUCCAGCUGUGCACAAAAGAUGACAAGUUCAGUGUCUCUAUUCAGCCAGCUGUGGGAGAGCUGUUACUGCCUGUUACUAUGACUGAGCAGGACUUUCAAAAAGAACAAGGAAAUUUGCUUGGUAUGAAUGAAACCUCAGCAACAAUCACCCUGAUGUCAGAGAACACAUCAAUUCAGCCAAUCAGCAGAAAGGUGGAGACAGUAGCCAACAUGUGUGUGGUUCCAUCUAAUGAAGAUGGUAUUUUCAGGUUUGCAGCAAAGUUGGCCAGUAGUGGGGCUCUGGUUCUGGCCAGUGUGGAACUGAAAGCUAGCACUGCACAGUUGAGAGUCAGCACAGAGAAGGCAGUCAUCGGCUCCAUGCUGCUACGAGACCUCAAAAUUGCCCUGGCCUAGCCCAGCAGACCCCCCAUUUGGUCCAAUUCUCUGCUCUUCAAGUGCUCUAUGUCCCUGUCUUCCAAAAAAAAAAUCCACAUGAAGCACUGAGAAACUUUUUUCAAUAAAAAUGUAUGUCUUAGCUAAGAGACUAUAAGGCAUAAUCAGUGGGUGGCAUAUGAUGAAUGUCACAUCAGACAUGUCAGUGCUUUUAUAGCCAGAUAAUUUGAAGUUGUGAUUUAUAAUUCAAUCUAUGCCUUAGAAAACAUGUACUCUUAUCCAACAGCAUUCCACACCUGUUUGUUUUUGUACCGAACUUGUAUGGUUAAAGUGCCUUCCUGUGAAGUAAAGAUGGUGCAAUUAGAAAUAA